CGCCGUCCUUAAAAUCUAACAGCUUUGCAGAAAUAGUUUUCAUGAGAUCUUUAUCCCUUUCAGUAAUAUCGAAGGCUAAUGAAAGAAAACAGUCAGUAAUUGAGGAAGACUAACGAUAUUUUAGUCGCUCUGGUUGAUUUUCGAAUCGUUGACUUGUUAUUUUAUUGGACUUGCAUCAUGUCGUGCUUGUGAAGCGCGUUUUUACGUUUCCUCAUCUCUUCAUACUUUGGUAUCAUAAAGUCUUCUUCUCUUCAAGAUGAGCUUCCGCGGAGGUCAGAUUUGUGGUCAACUUCCAGUGGAAAUACUUGAAAACAUUUUUUGUCAAGUGCCUUUUCAAGAUUUGAUGAGGAAUUGCGCAGCUGUUUGCAAGAGCUGGAAUGAUGUUAUUAACAAACCAGAGUUCUURUAUUGGAAAAAAAUGUAUCACAGAUUGAUUAUGGGCUGUCAAAAAACACGUCAAAAAGUCCAAGAAAUUAUGGAUGAAGAAGGCCUUAUGAAGAACCCUACAGACUUUACCCCAAAACUCUGCAACUUUGUUAAAAGUUUUAGAAGUAAUAAUCCUUUGCUCUUAGAUGCUUUGAACAGCCACAGUAAAUAUCCCUUGAUUUCAUGUUUUUAUAACUCAACAUCACAGUCAGUUAGAGAGAACCCUUGGUCAGUCAUUCUGCUGCUUACUAUCGUGUCUACAACUGUUCAAGAUAUUACUGAGAUCAUCUGGACAAUGAUGUCCAAAACGUCCAACUGCCUGGUUAUUGAAAUCAUUGAGCUGUUGUAUCUACUUGCGACAAUGUUGUGGGUGAUGAAGUCUGAGGCAAGAAUUAACUCAGGGCUUCAUUACAGGAUAAUAUAUGCUUGCCAUUUAUUUGAGAGUUCUUCCACCAUUAGUCAAGUAUCAGGUUACGCUGGCACCUCCUAUGAACUAACUCAUGAGCAGUUAGCCAUCAUCAAACACAAUAUAAUGCCUGAGGAAGUGAUCAAGAUAGUGGCUUUUGCUGGAACCGGUAAAACAACAACUUUAGUGGAAUUUACUAGAGCAAAUCCAAAUAUGAAAUUCUUAAAUGUGUCAUUCAACAAAUCUAUUCAGCAACAAGCUGAAAGGAUAUUUCCACCAAAUGUAAAAUCAAGGACGAGUCAUUCUCUGGCGUUUAGAGCUUAUGGAUGCCGAUACACAAGGAAACUUGGUACUACAUUAAGGAGUACAGAUGCCCAAAGAGUACUGGCAGACAAUACUACCUUCAUUCACGCCGAGAGAGUCGUUCAGACGGUCAACAACUUCUUGGCAUCUUCUCGUCAAUAUGUAACUAAAGAAGAUAUCACCAGGAGUAGGUUCACCAGUGACGAUAAAAAAAUUGAAAAAUAUUUCAACAGUGACGCCUAUAAAUCUAAACUGUUAAAAGAUGCUAAAACAAUUUGGAAUAAAAUGAAAGACGUUAACGACAAAGACAUAUACAUGACACAUGAUGCCGUGGCCAAUAUUCUACUAUCCCAAAGGUGCUCCAAGAUAUUAGUAGGCGAUCCUCAUCAGCAGAUCUACUCCUUUCGCGGAGCUGAAAACGCCAUGGAGUCUGUCAAGAGUAGUCAUACCUUUUACUUGACUCGGUCUUUCAGGUUUGGUCCUGAGAUAGCCUAUGUUGCCAAUUCUCUGCUUGAGGUACAGAAGGACUAUCAUGGCAAGACACUAAUUGGUAAUGGUAAACCAGGUGGAAUAAUGGGAGAUACUGUCGGUCAAUUGGCUAUUAUUUGCAGAACGAAUUUUGGAGUAUUUUCUGAGGCAUCGAGGUUAUGUCACCAUGGAAACAACCUCAAGGUUGCCUUUGCUGGGGGCCUAGAAAGGUACAACUUGAACCGAGUUCUGGAUAUUUAUCAUCUCCACAGUGGUUAUGGGCACGACUUGAUUAAAGACCCGUUCAUUAAAAGAUUUAGAACAUUUAAGGAGCUGUUGAAAUUUGCGAGUGAUGCAAACGAUAAAGAACUCGGCGGUAAAAUUAAGAUUGUAGAGCAUUUUGGCAGCAAUGUCCCUAUAUACAUUAAAUCGAUCAACAACAAUGUGAUUGAAGAUGCGAGCCAGGCAGAUUAUAUAGUUUCUACUGCACACAAGGCAAAGGGGCUGCAGUUCAGUAGUGUGCGAGUACAUGAUGAUUUUGCUCUUACUAAUCCCAGCAUGAUCAGCACUACAGUCACAGAAGCAGAUAUCAGGGAUGAAAACAACCUUCUUUAUGUAGCUGUGACACGGGCUCAGAACAGACUAAUACUCAACCAAACUAUCGUGCGUGCCUUACAAUUGAACAAGGAACAUCUUCUGCAGCCCGUUACAGGAGGGUCCUAUGAUGGGGGUUCAAUUAGCUGCAAGUUCUGCUACAACCCAGUAAUAUUGGAUCAUGUGCCUUCUUUGCUGGUUGAACAACCUAAACACACGAUCUAUAACAAGAACAACAGGGAAGAAAAGGGCCAGGGAUUUGUAUGUUGUUUGUGUGCACUUGAGAAAGUGCCUCAUCUUUACUGCUUUCUUAAUCCGCCUGUUGACUGAAGAAAACAAGAAGAACAAGAAGAAAAGUAAAAGAAGGAAGACUGAAAAGAAGUAGUGUUAGACUUCCCUUGGGGAUAUCACACAAUAGACUUCUCUGUCCUCUCUACACAUUCUCGGCAAAGCUAGAAAGCUACGUUUGCGACACCAGGACACUAGAGUAAAUAUUUGCGUAUGCACUUUUUUCCUUUGCGCUUCAAUACUUUCAGUUCGCAGACGGUGCGUUAUCAGGGCGGCUACUUUUCAUGGUUGUUUUAUAGCGCAACACACACAAGUAUUUUAAAAAUAUCUUCAGUGCAGGGGCUUAGCGCUACCAAACACACCUCUUUUGGUUAAACCAGCCAGUUUCGCAUUGAAAUACUGAUACAUUAAAUGUUAUACACUCAAUUGAAGAAUCGUUGUCGGGUUCAGAAACAUAGAACAUA